GCAUUGCUGUGUAGUUUCCAAUAUAGCACUGAAAAAAAUCUUAACUAUGGAAUAGUUUGUUUAUCCCACCGUACUAUCUGUAUUGAUCAAUCCACAGCACAACAUAACAUAUAUGAACUAAUUGCAGUAACAAUGGUUCAUCAACUAUCAUUGGUAUCAUCAAUUCCACACAGUAAGUAUGUACAGACUAUAUCUACACUUCAGGCCAUGACAGGAUUACUCCGACCUCAACCUAUAUCUACUUAUACAUUAGUGACUAAACCAACAUAUGUAUUUAAACCUAAAUUUGAACCAGGUAAAGUUAAUCAAAUAGAACAGUAUUAUAUGAAAUGUAUAACUACUUGGGAUGAUGAUAGUGGAAGAAAUCUUGAUAUAGCAAAACCAAUCAUUGGAGCAGAUGAAAAUAGUAUAGUAUUAGUGGAUAGAUUAUUCAGUGGUAAUGAAGAAGUAGAGAGAACUUGGACAUUACAGAUAUCUGAUAUUCCAAUAGCAGGUAAAAAUCAAGUAUGCAGUGCUCAAACCAUAUAUGAAAGUACUUUAAUACAUGUUCAUGCAAGGAUUAAUGAAGAACAAGCUCCAUCCCCACCACCAGCAGAACCACCAGUACCAGAAUCAAAGGAAGAUAUUGAAAUGAAAGACAAUGAAGAUACCACUAUGACCAAAGGGUCAUCUAACAUAUCCAAUGAUCCAGAUUUAGUGGGUAGAAAGGAUUCAUUUUUAUUAUUCUUAGACAAUCUCGGAUAUGGAGUAGUUAACCAGUACUGGAUUAAGGGGAUUAGAUUUUUUCAUGGAGAUAUUGUCAUUGAAAUCUUUAAAAUCUUCAUAAGAGAUGAUAGUCAUGCAGCUGCAGCUCAAGAACAACAACAUCAAAAGAUUAAACUAAAACUAUUAGACGAAUCUAAUACUUUCCAAAUUAGAACAUACAUUAAUAUUCCAAAAUCAACAGAUAUAGAACAAAUAAGUCAAGGAUCAAAAGAGUUAUUAAAGUUACAAGAUUUCUUGAAGAACCUCUUUAAAUUAGAAAUUCCCGAUAGAAUGUUUAUGGAUUCUAGAGUACCAUUAAAAAGAUAAUGAAAUAUACGUUUUUAUAUACAAGUA